AUGGGAAUCAGACUACCUUCACUUCUUCUCAGUGCCAAGCAAGCUGUCAAAAUGCAUACCGCUUCUUCCAGAAACCAGUGUGGCGUUCCCAAAGGCCAUAUUGCAGUUUACGUGGGAGAUAUUGAAAGAAAGAGAUUUGUAGUUCCAAUAGCAUACUUAAACCAUCCUUCUUUUUCUGCUUUGCUCAACCGUGCAGAAGAAGAAUUUGGAUUCAAACAUCCAACUGGAGGUCUUACAAUUCCUUGCAGAGAAGAUGUCUUCAUCAAUCUCACAUCCAAGCUGCAAUCUUCCUGA